CAGCCUGAGCGUGUAUAAGCUAAACCUGUUUACAGGAGUCGCCUACGGAAAGGGAGUCAGGAUCUUAACAACGUGACACAUUUUUAGGCUUCGGUUCACCCCUAACUUCGCGGGGACCCCCGUUUCUAGUUCCCCUUUGGUACAGGAACCUCCGCGUGGAGCGGGACUGCCAGACAGGGGGCGGCUCUUUUUGCAGGCGAGCCAAUGAGGUCGCCGGAUCUUGUGAGCGGCACGUCGCUUGGCCAAUGGACUCAGUCGCUGAGGCCCCGCGAGAGGACGGGAAAUUGGGGCCUGACCAUGUGGGUUCUGGGGCGUGGCAGGUGCGUUGAGUGCAGGCUUUUCCUGAGGCCGGGGGUGGAGCCGGGGGAGGGCGAAGGCCCUGGUGAGUGGCUAGGACGCGGGUGUGGAAGGCCGGGCUUGUGGUGGCCGUGGUGGUCCCCCGCGCCCACUGCGGACCUCACCCCCAACCCCCUACCCCCAGGCGCUAGGGGCCGCGGGCUGGGGAGGGGGCGGCCGGGGAGGGAAGUGGUUAUUGGAGGCUGGGUGCGUAGGAGGACGCAGGGCCUCGAAAAGGUAGGAAGGCGGUGGCUCGAGGUGAUAUGACUCACGGGCGCGAGUGUUCUGGGGGUCAAAAUGGUGGACAGCAAGUCGGGGUAUGGGGAAUGGUGCUGUUCUCUGAGGUGGAAGGAGGGUAGCAUUCAGGGUGGGGGCGGCGUGGGGGGCGGGGUGCCCCUCCCGGUUAGGCCCCAAUCCUCCUGGCCCGGCCCAAGCGCCAUCCCAAGCUCCCACCAGCUUGUCCUGGGACCCUUUCCUGCGGGACCCGGUGGUCAGGCAUCUGCCUGCUAACUAACCAGGGUGCAUGGGCGGAAGGGAGGCCUGGAGGAGGCGCCACAUCCAUAAAGGGGCUGGUGGAGGGGAGGGAGGGCGGGGAAAGAGGAAGAUUCCAGAAGUCAUGACUUAGUAGGUGUUAAAGCGGCCUCAGUUGAGUCCCAUGUAGGCCGCCCAUGGUUCUGGAUUCUUCUGUAAAUGAGUUCAAGGAAUUUGAGGAAGGGAGGCGUGCCCUGCCGUUUCGGUGUAAAAAAGAGGAUGGGUUAGUAACUAACCGUUAGUUAAACACGUUUUGGGAGAUCCUGGACUGCCUUCAUGGAUAGUAUUGACCCAACAACUGCCUGUUAGUCUUUUCUGUAGGUGCAUGGCCCGACUUCUCGAACUAAUCCGUAAGACAGGCCUGCAAAAGGUUAAGAAGAGGCUUACUUCAAUUUUCAGUUAAGAAAGAUUCUUCAGGGAUCAGGGGUGGGUCAGGACGUUGAAGGAAGUCCCUUAAAGAAGGAUUCCUGAAAACUGUAGGUUAUAAAGUGAUUUUGAAGAGGACCUGAGAUUUGGGAAGCAGGAAGAGCCUCAUCCCUGGUGACCCGAGGGGAGAAACAGUUGUUCUAUGUCACCUGAAAUGUAGCAAGUGGUGUUGGCUCAAAGCAGAAAAGGUCUGUACUUUGGAGAUCUCAUUUUUGGUGGAGUUUAAAAAAAAGGAUAAGAUGCAGAGAGGCUACUAAGGAGAUGGAGGAGGAGAUGGAAUAGUUUCAUGUGGUAAUGAACUGGGAAAAAUUUAUGGGAAUAUUUAUUGACAGUAUUACCAUAUGUCAACUAUAUAUAUACAUUUUCUCAUGCUCAUCCAUAAAAUAUACUUCUUUCUAAAAACAGUUAACCUAGGGCUGCGUUCUCAAAGAGGCUGUUUAGGUAGAGAAUAUAGGAAAAUUAAAGGAGGGCUUAGCUUCUAAGUCUAAAGGAUUGCUAAUGGGGAGUGUUUAGAACAUUCUGGGAUACAUAGAAACUUUUGAAGUGAACAUGAUAUAGGAGACUGGUUGUAUCGCCCAAAGUACAGGUGUGUGUGUGUGUGUGUUUAAUGCUUUGUGAGUCUGUCUUGAAGGAAAAGGAAAGCAAUUGGGAAUCUUUAAUAUCUAUAAAAUGCUGGCAGGUGAUUAAUCAGAACAGGAUCUACACCCGAAUCCUCUACAGCCUUUCAAUGGAUCCUGUCCGACCACCCUUCAGGAGCCCUUUGGGGCACCCAUCUCAGUGUGUACAGAUGCAAGGCUCUUGGCCACAAGUUCCUAAACCUUUGGACUCAGCUCUGGGCAGGGCAAGACCUAUAGGCAGAGGCCACGUGUUUGGAAAGCCCAAGGAACCAAACCCACAGAAUGGGACGGCACAAAGGGAGUCUGUGGGUUUGGUCUCCAUGUUCCAAGGACUGGGCCUUGAAACUGUGUCCCAGACCUCUCUGAAGCAGAAAAUGCCUUCUUUAGGUAGAGGCAUUUUAGGUCGAGGCUUGGCUAUCAGUAUGGUGCGUAAGGAAAAAGAAGAACCCCAUCACACUUUUCUGGAUCCAUCAGUGUUGGCUGCUGGUGAUAGCAAGAUGGCAGAGGCCGCCAUUGGUUGGAAUAGAAUGCGUGGAAGGAAUUUGGAUGUGCCUAUGUUACCAUUAGGAAGAGCAGCGUGUGGUAUAGGCAGAGGCAUAUACAAGGCUCCCAGUCCUAUCAGCUUGCCUUCUCGGGGUCCUACCCCGCAGCCAUUACCACCACCUCCGCCUCCAUCCUUAUUACAGUCUCUGGAUCGUCUUUCACUGGGGACUGCAGAGCACAGGGAAAAAGAACUUUUUGUGAAGCAGGGAUCAAAAGGAAUACCUGAACCUUUGGGAUUGAAUCUUAUCAAAAUACAAUGUCAUAAUGAAGCAGUUUAUCAAUAUCAUGUGACUUUCAGCCCCGCUGUGGAGUGCAAAAGCAUGAAGUUUGGCAUGUUGAAGGACCAUCAAGCUGUCACUGGAAACGUCACUGCCUUUGAUGGCUCCAUUCUCUAUCUACCUGUUAAGCUUCAACAAGUGCUUGAGUUAAAAAGUCACAGGAAAACCGAUGGUGCAGAGAUCAGCAUUAAGAUUCAGUUGACCAAGAUCCUGGAGCCCUGUUCUGACUUGUGCAUUCCCUUCUACAAUGUUGUUUUCCGUCGGGUAAUGAAACUUUUAGAUAUGAAGCUUGUGGGGAGAAACUUCUAUGACCCAACAAGUGCUAUGGUACUGCAGCAACACAGAUUGCAGAUCUGGCCGGGCUAUGCAGCUAGUAUCCGGAGGACUGAUGGUGGUCUCUUCCUGCUAGCUGAUGUCUCUCAUAAGGUCAUCCGUAAUGACUCUGUGCUGGACGUCAUGCAUGCCAUGUAUCAGCAGAACAAAGAAAACUUCCAGGAUGAGUGCACUAAGCUUCUGGUUGGCAAUAUUGUCAUAACCCGAUACAACAAUCGCACCUAUCGGAUUGAUGAUGUCGAUUGGAAUAAGACUCCAAAAGAUAGCUUCACAAUGUCUGAUGGGAAGGAGAUCUCAUUCUUGGAAUACUACAGCAAAAACUAUGGGAUUACAAUUAAGGAAGAGGACCAGCCACUGUUGAUCCACAGGCCCAGUGAGAGACAGAAUAACCAGGGGAUGCUGCUGAAAGGUGAAAUCCUGCUGCUGCCUGAGCUUUCCUUCAUGACUGGAAUCCCUGAGAGGAUGAAGAAGGACUUCAGGGCUAUGAAGGAUUUGACCCAGCAGAUCAACCUGAGCCCCAAACAGCACCAUAAAGCUUUGAAAUGCUUGAUACAGAGAAUUUCGAAGAAUGAGAUAGCCAGUAGUGAACUAACACGUUGGGGACUCUAUCUGCAGGAUGAUGUACAUAAGAUUGAAGGACGUGUUCUUCCAAUGGAAAGAAUCAACUUAAGAAAUACUUCAUUUAUCACAUCUCAGGAAGUAAACUGGAUUAAGGAAAUAACCAGGGACCUCUCUAUCUUGACUGUCCCCAUGCACUUCUGGGCACUCUUUUACCCGAAGAGAGCAAUGGACCAGGCCCAAGAACUGGUAACCAUGUUAGAGAAGGUAGCUGGCCCCAUUGGCAUGCGCUUGAGCCCUCCGGCCUGGAUUGAACUAAAGGAUGAUCGAAUAGAGACCUAUGUCAGAACCAUUCAAUCCAUGUUGCGAGCUGAGGGGAAGAUACAGAUGGUUGUGUGCAUCAUCAUGGGCACACGUGACGAUCUCUAUGGGGCCAUUAAAAAGCUGUGCUGUGUGCAAGCUCCAGUGCCUUCGCAGGUCAUCAAUGUCCGAACCAUUGGUCAGCCCACCAAGCUUCGGAGUGUGGCCCAGAAAAUUUUACUGCAGAUUAACUGUAAAUUGGGUGGUGAGCUCUGGGGAGUAGAUAUUCCUCUGAAACAAUUAAUGGUAGUCGGGAUGGAUGUUUACCAUGACCCUGGCAAAGGCAUGCGCUCCGUGGUUGGCUUUGUGGCAAGCAUCAACCUCACCCUCACAAAAUGGUAUUCACGAGUAGUAUUCCAGAUGCCUCAUCAAGAGAUUGUGGAUAGCCUGAAGCUGUGCCUGGUGGGUUCCUUAAAAAAGUUUUAUGAGGUGAACCACUGUCUCCCAGAGAAGAUUGUGGUGUACCGGGAUGGAGUGUCUGACGGCCAGCUAAAGACAGUUGCCAAUUAUGAGAUUCCUCAGCUGCAGAAGUGUUUUGAGGCUUUUGAGAAUUACCAGCCCAAGAUGGUGGUAUUUGUAGUUCAGAAGAAAAUCAGCACCAAUCUGUACCUGGCUGCUACCGAGCAUUUUGCAACUCCCUCCCCUGGCACUGUGGUAGAUCAUACAAUCACAGGCUGUGAGUGGGUGGACUUCUACCUUCUUGCUCAUCAUGUCCGUCAGGGUUGUGGCAUUCCUACACAUUAUGUGUGUGUUCUCAACACUGCAAACCUGAGCCCCGAUCAUAUGCAGAGGUUGACUUUCAAACUGUGCCACAUGUACUGGAAUUGGCCCGGUACCAUCAGAGUUCCAGCUCCUUGCAAGUAUGCCCACAAGCUAGCUUUCCUGUCAGGUCAAAUCUUGCAUCACGAACCAGCCAUCCAGCUCUGUGAAAACCUGUUCUUCCUGUGACUGGACAACCAGGACAAAAGCUGAUUAGAGGAAUUAGACUUCAGAACUCAGCUAUGACUCAUGUAGGAUCCAUAGACUGAAGGGAUUUUUGUGUGAUGUUUUCCCUUUUGCCAACCCAGUAGAAUAAGAUAUCUUCUAUCUUGUUUUUUCUAUUCUAAUCCUGGUAUUACCAAGAAGGAAGUUCCAUUCUAAGUUAUCAGCUGGAAAUUGCCAUGUUGCCUUUGUAAAGCAAAUUGGGGUGAUGCUGGAGUAGGUGAAUAUGGGGAAUCUUUAAAAGCCUGCAAAGCCAUCAGGAGCUAUAGAAACCUGCAGAAGUAGCAAUUACGCCUAGAAGCUCUGCUUACUGAGCAGUUCCCAUUUUUAGCACCAGAAGUGAUAAUGAGUGAAGUCACUGCAGGACCUUAAAGUAGAGAGUUACUUUAUUUGGGCAACUGGGAAAGGUAAUACGAAGGCCUGUGAGGCCAAGUAUUUCAAGAUAUUGCUACUGCUAGCAAGUGUGAAAGACAUGUAGUAAACUAGCUGGUGGUAUAGUCAGGCGCUUGCUGACCUAAUCUCUGGGAUUUGAGUUUAUGACACUAUAACAAGCUGGCGUUGAAAGGGGUGUUUAGCGCUCGCUUGGCCUCCUGAGAGGCCAGAUAAAUUUUUUCUGUAUAUGUCAGUUUUAGUAAGUUUCAUUUUUUAAAUUAAGAAUCCAACCAGGUGAAAUUCAACAUCAAGGAAGAUUUAUGAUGGGGUGUGAGUUUUUCUGGAACCUUUCUCCCAGGUUGUGGCCUUCUUUUCUGUGGAUAUAUGUUUAUAAAUGGAAUCACUCAUUUUCCUUACACAGUAACCUUUUUCUGGCUGUUGGCUCGUUUUGUUGGGAGUUUUUCUGAAUCCAGGGUUAAGAUUUCCAGAAGUUGCUUUGGAAAACAUGACACUUCUGCCAAAGUCCAGACAUUUCAGUUUAGAAAAUUGUCGCCAUGCCUGAGGGGUCCAGUGUUUUGGGGAAGCACUUUUUUGUGUGUGGUUUUUUUAAUGUUUAUUUUCCCCAUUUUAAAAUUUUCCAGUCUCUUCAGUCUUAUCUUGCUUUAACUGAGUUUUAAAUGCCAGUUUCAGUUAACCUUUUGCAAAUUUGUAUUUUUUUUUUCUGUAAUGAUAGGAGGGCGUUGAAGCAGAAAGUCCAUUUUAUAUGACAAUGUGUAGGAAGAGAAAUUUUAGCAAACUGUCAGUUUGUCCCGGAGCCCAGCAGAGGUUGAGGAUCCCUGGCAGGGUGGUCCUCGUGCACUCGGCUUCACAUGGAGUGCGGCUGGGAAGGCCAGGGAAAGACCUGGAACUUUGCAACCACUGAAUCAAACAAAUUGGAGCACUAGCUCUGUCAGUUUUCUGAUUCUCUUUAAAAGCAUUUUGAGUUUCUUUUUGGAAGUUAGAUUUCUUAAUACUUAUUUUCUCUUAUAUAAUAAAAAAAAAAUACUAGCAUAUAAUACAAAAUUUCUUCACUUUUUAUUCCUGGUCUUUUUGCUUUAUUUGUUGGUCUUAAAAUGAAAUGAUUGGAUCACCAGGUGGGAAAACAAAUUUGUGUAAAUGUAUACAGACAGUCCUUGGGUUACUUUGGACUUAACGUAUGUCAUUUCAUGGCUACGUUGCCAUCUCCCAUUUAUUUAUUAAAAAAAGUUCCAUCAUUUCGAUGCAUGUACAUAUGUGCUUUAUGUUUUUUAUUAUUUAUUUACCACAAGUAAAGGUCAAGAAUUAUU